GUUUCUGACCGAUAGAGGCCGGUAGAGGACUGCGGACGCCAAGUUGUCCCCCAGGAUGGACUUCGCCGCCGCGCCGCCCAAGCCGGCCGCUGCCCUGUGCGGCGUGCUGAGCGCCGACGGGAAGAUCGCCUACCCCCCGGGGGUGAAGGAGAUCACCGACAAGAUCACCACCGACGAGAUGAUCAAACGGCUGAAGAUGGUAGUAAAAACUUUUAUGGAUAUGGAUCAGGAUUCAGAAGAUGAAAAACAGCAGUAUCUCCCACUAGCCUUGCAUCUUGCAUCUGAAUUCUUCCUCAGGAACCCCAAUAAAGAUGUUCGUCUCCUUGUAGCAUGUUGUUUGGCUGACAUCUUUCGAAUCUAUGCCCCAGAAGCUCCAUACACAUCCCAUGAUAAACUUAAGGACAUAUUUUUGUUUAUUACCAGACAAUUAAAAGGUUUGGAAGAUACAAAGAGUCCGCAGUUUAAUAGAUACUUUUAUUUAUUAGAGAAUUUAGCUUGGGUUAAAUCAUACAACAUCUGCUUUGAAUUGGAAGAUUGCAAUGAAAUUUUUAUACAGCUUUUUAGGACGCUCUUCAAUAGUCACAAUAAGAAGGUACAAAUGCACAUGCUAGACUUGAUGAGUUCUAUCAUCAUGGAAGGUGAUGGAGUUACUCAAGAGUUACUGGACUCCAUUCUUAUUAACCUCAUUCCCGCUCACAAGAAUUUAAAUAAACAGUCCUUCGACCUUGCAAAAUUCUUACUGAAAAGGACAGUCCAGACCAUUGAGGCGUGCAUCGCCAACUUUUUCAACCAAGUCCUGGUGCUGGGAAGGUCGUCAGUAAGUGACUUGUCAGAACACGUAUUCGACCUCAUUCAGGAGCUUUUCGCCAUAGACCCUCACUUACUGUUAUCUGUCAUGCCGCAGCUUGAAUUCAAACUAAAGAGCAAUGAUGGAGAAGAACGAUUAGCUGUUGUCCGACUUCUAGCUAAACUGUUUGGUUCUAAAGAUUCAGAUUUGGCAACACAGAAUCGUCCUCUUUGGCAGUGUUUUCUUGGACGAUUUAAUGACAUUCAUGUUCCAGUGAGAUUGGAAAGUGUGAAAUUUGCCAGUCACUGUUUAAUGAAUCACCCAGAUUUAGCAAAGGAUCUCACAGAAUAUUUGAAGGUUCGCUCACAUGAUCCAGAAGAAGCUAUUCGGCAUGACGUCAUCGUUACGAUAAUAACAGCUGCCAAGAGAGACCUUACCUUAGUGAACGACCAGCUGCUCGGCUUCGUGAGGGAGAGGACGCUGGAUAAACGGUGGCGUGUGAGGAAGGAGGCUAUGAUGGGCCUGGCUCAGCUGUACAAGAAGUACUGCCUUCACGGGGAGGCGGGGAAGGAAGCCGCAGAGAAGGUCAGCUGGGUCAAGGACAAGCUCCUGCACAUUUACUAUCAGAACAGCAUCGAUGACAAAUUAUUGGUAGAGAAAAUCUUUGCUCAGUAUCUUGUCCCCCACAACCUGGAAACAGAAGAGAGAAUGAAAUGCUUAUAUUAUUUAUAUGCUAGUUUGGAUCCAAAUGCUGUAAAAGCUCUCAAUGAAAUGUGGAAGUGUCAGAACAUGCUCCGCAGUCACGUACGAGAGCUGCUGGAUUUGCACAAGCAGCCUACAUCAGAGGCUAACUGUUCUGCCAUGUUUGGAAAACUGAUGACCAUAGCAAAGAAUUUACCCGACCCAGGGAAAGCCCAGGAUUUUGUGAAGAAGUUUAACCAAGUUCUUGGUGAUGAUGAGAAGCUGCGGUCUCAGCUAGAGUUAUUAAUCAGCCCGACGUGUUCGUGCAAACAGGCAGACAUUUGUGUGAGAGAGAUUGCUCGGAAACUUGCAAACCCUAAGCAGCCGACGAACCCUUUCCUAGAGAUGGUCAAAUUCCUACUGGAAAGAAUUGCACCUGUUCACAUUGAUUCUGAAGCCAUAAGUGCACUAGUGAAAUUAAUGAACAAAUCAAUAGAAGGGACAGCGGACGAUGAAGAGGAGGGUGUCAGUCCGGAUACCGCUAUUCGUUCAGGGCUAGAACUCCUGAAGGUCCUGUCUUUCACACAUCCUACCUCGUUCCACUCUUCGGAAACAUAUGAGUCCCUGUUACAGUGCCUACGAAUGGAAGAUGACAAGGUAGCAGAAGCUGCUAUCCAAAUUUUUAGAAAUACAGGCCACAAAAUAGAAACCGACCUUCCCCAGAUACGAUCGACCUUAAUACCCAUUUUACAUCAAAAAGCAAAGCGGGGUACUCCACACCAAGCAAAACAGGCUGUCCACUGUAUACACGCCAUAUUCACCAACAAAGAAGUCCAGCUCGCACAGAUCUUUGAGCCACUCAGCAGGAGUCUGAAUGCGGACGUACCGGAGCAGCUUAUAACUCCGUUAGUCUCACUGGGCCACAUUUCAAUGCUAGCCCCAGAUCAGUUUGCCUCCCCUAUGAAAUCUGUAGUAGCAAACUUCAUUGUGAAAGACCUACUGAUGAAUGACAGGUCAACAGGUGAGAAAAAUGGGAAAUUAUGGUCUCCAGAUGAAGAGGUCUCCCCUGAAGUACUUGCAAAGGUACAGGCGAUUAAGCUUCUGGUAAGAUGGUUGCUGGGGAUGAAGAACAAUCAGUCUAAAUCUGCCAAUUCAACUCUCCGGUUAUUGUCGGCAAUGCUGGUCAGUGAGGGCGACCUCACCGAGCAAAAGAGGAUCAGUAAAUCUGAUAUGUCUCGCUUGCGAUUAGCUGCUGGUAGUGCCAUAAUGAAGCUUGCUCAGGAGCCUUGCUACCACGAAAUUAUUACCCCAGAACAAUUUCAGCUCUGUGCGCUUGUUAUUAAUGAUGAGUGUUACCAAGUGAGGCAGAUAUUCGCCCAGAAGCUGCACAAGGCGCUGGUGAAGCUCCUGCUCCCGUUGGAGUACAUGGCCAUCUUUGCCUUGUGUGCCAAAGACCCUGUCAAGGAGCGGAGGGCGCACGCUCGGCAGUGCCUGCUGAAGAACAUCAGCAUCCGCCGGGAGUACAUCAAGCAGAACCCCAUGGCCACCGAGAAGUUGCUCUCACUGCUGCCUGAGUAUGUAGUCCCGUACAUGAUCCACCUGCUAGCCCACGAUCCAGAUUUCACCAGAUCCCAAGAUGUCGAUCAGCUUCGUGACAUCAAAGAGUGCCUGUGGUUCAUGCUUGAAGUGUUAAUGACGAAGAACGAGAACAACAGCCAUGCCUUUAUGAAGAAGAUGGCAGAGAACAUCAAGCUAACCCGAGAUGCCCAGUCUCCAGAUGAAUCCAAGACAAAUGAGAAACUUUAUACAGUAUGCGAUGUGGCUCUCUGUGUUAUAAAUAGUAAAAGUGCUUUGUGCAAUGCAGAUUCACCAAAGGACCCAGUCCUCCCAAUGAAAUUCUUCACACAACCCGAAAAGGAUUUCUCUAAUGACAAGAGUUACAUUUCAGAAGAGACGAGAGUGCUUCUGUUAACGGGAAAGCCAAAGCCUACUGGAGUGCUCGGGGCAGUGAACAAGCCUUUAUCGGCAACAGGAAGGAAGCCUUACGUUAGAACCGCGGGCGCUGAGACUGGAAGCAGUAUUAACGUGAACGCAGAGCUGAACCCGUCCGCCGGCAACCGAGCAAGGGAGCAGAGUUCAGAGACAGCAGAAACGGGAGUCAGUGAAAAUGAAGAGAACCCCGUGAGGAUUAUUUCUGUCACACCUGUGAAAAAUACUGACCCAGUAAAGAAUAAGGAGGUCAAUUCUGAUCAAGCUGCCCAGGGAAACAUCAGCAGUGAUCGAGGGAAGAAGAGAACCGUAACAGCGGCUGGUGCAGAGAACAUCCAGCAGAAACCAGAUGAGAAAACAGAUGAGUCAGGGCCACCCACCCCUUCCAAAACCAAGAGAGGCCGCCGAGGGAAGCCGGAACCUCAGGGCAAUGCAGCCAAAACCGAUGACAUAAACAAGCCCAGUAACAAGGGGAGGAAGAGGGUGGCUGGUCAGGAGAGCCCUGGAGGUUUAGAACCAGGAAAUGCCAAAGCACCCAAGCUGCAAGACGGAGCCAAAAAGGCGGCACCAGCCGAGAGGCAGAUUGACCUACAGAGGUAAAGAGAAAUCUCAUCUGCAAAGGAGGAAAAUGAAGGCCAAACAGAAGCAGGCUGAAGCUUCUACGAAAAUGUGGAUUCAAAAUGUUCUUGAACAGAAAAUGAAGUUCUCUUUAGAACACACACUUCCUGCCUUGAAAACUGAAAACAAACAAACAAAAAAAAACAAAAAACAAAAACAAACUAUUAUUUCUUUUCACAUGACCACAGUCUUUUGUUGGAAAUGUACAGCAGAAACUCUUGAGAGAGGCUAAAAGCAACUCUGUCCUACCCUCCCCCCAGACUUUUCUUAUGAAAAGUCAAUAAUUAAGCAAAUUGCUUAACACUUGGUUCCAGCCCCUGCCGAGCUGGAGUUGAGAUGCAUAGAAUACCAUUAGUCUCCAUGCUGCAGUUUUCAUUUUAAAGAAAGUAACAGGAUGUCCUUACGCCGACACUGCGAUUCAUCCACUUUAGAGCCAGGAAUUCCCAUGUUACACAAGAGAAAAAUAGACGUCUACUGAAUUAAUUUUUUAAAGAAAAGAGAUCAGAUGAAAUAUUUCUUUGUUUUUCCUUUUGGAAACUUUUAUGUAUAAUUCUUUCUGCCUGCCUACUUUUCUGCAAAGAUGAGAUGUACAGAUUCCAGUUUCCUGCUAUGAAAAGUGAUGUGGCGAUUUUAUAAAUGUUGCUGUCUGAUUUUUAUCAGAGUGAGAAAAUAAUUAAAAUUAUUAUUGAUUUGCAAGUAGUAACCACUUCAUAUUUUGAUUUCCCCUCCAUUUUAGUUUAAUAUAAUUUGCAAUAAAUGUACAUAUUGUUGUUUCAUAGAGCAUAUCACUUUAAAGUGGUUUUUACUCCUACGAUUAUGUCGGAAUAUUUAGAAUUUUAAAGGAGUAAAGACUGUCCAGCAUUUGGUUUUAUAAUGUUUGUCACCAGAUUUUUAUUAAUGAUGUUUUAAAAAAAAAUCAAUUUUUUCUUUAAAUAGUCGGACUGUGGCAGCUUUGGAAGGCAAGUCGGAGGUCUGGGGUUGCUCUCGGCUGUUAGCGUUGUGCUCUCGGGAAAUCGGCGCGCUCUCGUCCGCUGGUCUGGGCUCGCUGUCUGUUACUUUAGCUGACAACUGUUGCAUCCAUAUAUUCUGUUCCUUGGCCUUGUUCAGCAUAGGUAUGUGUGCACCUUUGUGGACACAUCAUCAUAUUUAAGGUUUUUUUUUUUUGCAUAAAAUAAAUGCUUCUAGAUGUC